CCCAGAUUAGUUGAGUGUCAACCAGGUGUCAGGCAGGGUAAUGGGUACUGGGGGAGCUGAGGAUGAAUGAGACAUACGCUGGGCUGUAGAAGGGGGAGAGAGCCUGCUGUACUAGAACUGCAACCCAAACCCUGUAUUAUGGACAUGCUAGGAAGGUUCAGUCGUGGUUCCAUCGCCUGGCACAUGGGUGAUUAUGAGGACAUCAAUCAAAGAAAUUCCAAAGCGGCCGCCCUCAUUAGGCAGAACAAGGCAGCACUUCCGGGAGCUUCCAGGCCACCUAAGCUGCCACCGAAAAAGGAGGAGAAAAGGAGAUUUCGGCCUCUAAAUCAGCAUGAUGCAACUUGCUACUAGAAAGAACAACUGACUAUGGAUGUUGAACAAGAGUCAGGUUGUAGUAACCCUAAAUGAUUCUCAUGUUACCCCCUUGGGAUGUCCUGCAAGAGUAUGCUUCAGUUUAAAGUCCAAAUAAA